AAAUGCGGCAAUAUGGACUUCCUCUUUUCCGAUACGUUCGCGGUCGUGUAAAUUUGUGUUGAAAAACCACAAAAUUAAAUCUUAGCAGCCAUGGUGCGUAUGAACGUAUUGGCCGAUGCCCUUAAAUGCAUCAACAACGCUGAGAAACGCGGCAAGCGCCAAGUGCUCCUGCGUCCCUGCUCCAAAGUCAUCAUCAAGUUCCUUACCGUGAUGAUGAAGCAUGGCUAUAUUGGUGAAUUCGAGAUCGUUGACGAUCAUCGCUCCGGCAAGAUUGUUGUUAACCUCACGGGACGCCUGAACAAAUGCGGCGUCAUCUCGCCACGCUUCGAUGUGCCCAUCAAUGACAUUGAGAAGUGGACCAACAAUCUGCUGCCCUCACGUCAGUUUGGCUACGUCGUCCUGACCACAUCCGGCGGCAUUAUGGAUCACGAGGAGGCCAGGAGAAAACAUCUGGGAGGCAAAAUCCUAGGCUUCUUCUUCUAAGGACAACAACACAAAUGCCUCGUAUCUUAUAUGGAGCAGCUGUAGGACGAGCCAAACAACAUCAUCUGAAGCUAUUUUGUGUGUGUGGGGAGUUUGAGAUCUAUGUAAAAAAAUUGUUUUAUUUCCCCGUCGCGAAUCAAAUUGAAAAUACGUUUUACGUGUUCGAUAUACAGAAACAACAACAAAAGAAACAACAAAAAACAACAACAUCAACGUACAUUCAAUACAACAUGAAUGUCCUAAGAAAACGCGAAAUAAAAUGAUUAAUACAUAAUUUUUAA